AUUGUCGGUUUUAACCUCGAGAGGAGAGCACGCCGCGAAACAAGUGUUAAUUUCCAUUUUUUUACUCGAUGUUUAUCAAUCUUAUCUGUCAGCGUGUGCCUUCAAUUAGAUCAUAAAAUUUCCGAAAAAUGCUGACUGGCGUUCAAGUGUGCUGUGUGAACGUUCGGCAACGAUGGGUCUUCGCGGCCAUGUGCUUUCUGGGCUUGUUUCACGCUUACGCCAUGCGUGCAUGCCUGUCCAUCGUUAUGACGAAAAUGGUGCCGCCGAUUGAAUCGGAUGUCACUCUCGACGACAGCUGUCCAUCCACAACAGCCGAAAUACAUUCGUCAACAAACACAACUUUGCACUCUGAAGAGCUUUACGAUUGGAGUGAGCACACUCAGGGCCUGAUCCUCUCAUCCUUUUACUGGGGCUAUGUAGUCACGCAUCUUCCAGGAGCCACCAUAGCUGAGAAGUAUGGCGGUAAGCACACUUACGGCCUCGGAAUAUUCCUAACAGCUAUCUUCACGCUGCUGACACCUCUGUCUAUAACUUGGGGCAAUUCCACCGGUCUUAUCGUCACCCGCAUAUUGAUGGGUCUUGGCGAAGGCGUGACGUAUCCUGCUAUUAACGUUCUUCUCUCCCAAUGGAUUCCCCCGGACGAGAAGUCGAGAAUCAGCACCUUUGUUUACGCUGGCCAACUGCUGGGAACGAUCUACGCGAAUAGCGUAUCCGGUAUCAUUCUUCAGCACUCCGACGACUGGUCGAGCGUCUUCUACCUCAUCGGUGGUAACAGUGCGAUUUGGUACAUUCUAUGGUUGGCGCUGUGUUACAACAAUCCACGGGAGCAUCCCUUCAUCUCGAAAUUCGAGCGUGACUACCUGAGCCAACAGUUGAGCGAACAUACGCACAAGAAGCCACCGCCAACUCCGUGGAAACACGUUCUAAAGUCCAAACCUCUGUGGGCCGCUAUCAUAGCCAUGCUCGGCUUCAACUGGUCGCUUCUGACGAUUGUUACCGAUCUGCCGAAGUACCUGUCCAGCGUACUGAAAUUUUCCGUCGAAAACAACGGAUACGUGAACUCCUUGAUUUAUCUGUGCAUGUGGAUCGGUAGCUUCAUCACCUCCUGGUCAGCGGAUUACGUGAUCGCAAUAAAGUUACUAUCGACCACGUCAGUCAGGAAGAUUGGAUCCGUGCUGGCAUUGUCCUCUUCGGCAACUUUCGUCAUCGUCGCUUCUUACAUUGGCUGCGAUCAAGUUUUGGUGAUCGUCAUGUUUGCAGUUGCCAUGAGUUUAAUGGGAAGCUCUUAUCCGAGCGUGAUGGUUAACACGCUCGAUCUCAGUCCCAAUUAUUCGGGAACAAUAAUGGCUCUCAGCAAUGGCAUAUCGGCUGGCAUCACUGGCAUACUCUCGCCGUACAUAAUCGGCGUUAUAACACCUAACCAAACACUGAGCGAGUGGCGGCUCGUUUUUUGGAUACUGUUUACCGUUUCUGUAGCUGCUAAUUUGAUUUUCGUCAUGUUUGGUAAUGGCGAAGUCGAGUACUGGAACGAGCCCGACUUUGCGCUCAAAGAUAAGAGUAAAAAAGUCAACGGAUCGAGGAGCGCUAAUUCAGCGGAUAACACGGCGUGAUAACGCUUUCGACGAUGUAUAAAUUAAGCUUAUUUAUGGUGAUUAUAGAUUCAUUUUAAUUUAUUCGCCGUGGAAAUUUACAAAUGUCAUUGCCGCGAAUUAGCCAUUUUUAUCGAUGUAUUUAUUAAGCGUAAAUAUUAACAAAGUUGUUACGUUUCUCAAGAAUAUUCUUAUCUCUGUACUUCAUCUGUAAAUAAUUUCUAUGCUUAUACACCGCGCUUUCUUGUUUUCGAAGGCGUAUGACGCUCGCAUGACUACUGUUUAUUUGUUUAAAGAUAUUGGUUUAAAAAAAAACUUUUGAAAACACACGUGUUUUCAACAGAAUUUAAAUAUCUUAUCCUUGUGUAACAUCUCCAUCGGAUACCCACUGGAGAGGAAGAAAAUAAAGCGAUUACCAGUC